AUGAAGGCAUUUAAAAGACGGCUUUCCACAAUGAAACAAGCCCAGGAUGCUUCAAUUGAUUUGAACCAUGCCGAUACGACUAUUCAAGCGUUUGAAGACGAAUCACUACCUCCAGUGACGCUUCAUGGAUACAUUAACACCACCAGAAACCGGUUGUUAUCACCAGAUAUUUGUGAUGAGCUACGCAACCUGAUGCCCACCCGAAUCCAGCUGUAUUCGGAUUGGCACUUGCUCUACAGUCUGCAACAACAUGGGGCAUCUCUGCAGUCGUUGUUCGGUCGAACAGCUUCUGAUAAAGCGAUCCCAGCACGUAUUGGCUACGUGAUACUGAUAGAAGAUCGGAAAGGAGGGCUUUUUGGAGGUUAUUGCAAUGAACCACCGCGUCCAUCGGACAGUAAACGGUACUAUGGGAACGGAGAGUGUUUUCUGUGGCGAUUGGAAAGGGUAGCAAGCGUAGACUUGGGAGACGGGAAGCCUAGGACCGGAGAAAAUGAUGGCUGGAGAUUCCGGGGAUAUCCUUUCACCGGACUGAAUCAUUUUGUCAUGCACAGCACAGCCCACUAUUUUUCAAUGGGUGCUGGGGAUGGCCAUUAUGGACUGUGGUGCGACCAGGCGUUGGAAACGGGGGUUACAAACCCCAGCUUGACGUUUGGCAACGAAUGUUUGAGUCGAGAAGGUGCGAAAUUCCAUAUCGUGAACCUAGAGGUUUGGAGAGUGGGCUAA